ACCAAUCUGGCCCUGUGGAAGGCGUUUGGCACCCAGCGAGAGACCACAAUCAACGUCCUGCAGCUGCUCAUAGACAUCCUGGAAAAGCUCCACUCCAGAAGGGAAACGAGGAAGAUGGCCUUCCAGCCUGUGGUGGUCAGCAUGAGGGAAGAGAGGGAGCCUAGGAAUUACUGUUUGGGGCCUUGGGGGCAGAACUGAAGAUCAAGGGACAGCUGCAGGAUGGAAGCCAAUCUUAGGGAGGAGCAAAGAGGAGAGGUAGCAUGUGCCUUGUGUGAAAUGCUAUCAGGGUCCUUAUGCCAGGAGGCCGUCCAAGAACUCUGUCCUCGGCUGUUGCUGGCUGUGCUAUGUCAUCUCUACUGGGUGAUUGAGCAAAAUGUUCCCACAAAGAUAGUGGUUUACAGCAAAGAAGGGGGCCCAGGAGGCAAGAGGAAGCCCUUUGACCCCACUAGGGCAGGAGAGGGACAAGGUGAGGAUUUCAGCCACCUCUGCCCUGGGCCACAUGGUACAUCGAGUUCACAAAUUCAAGCCUGGAUCCGCCCUCCAAAAAGAGAUCUACACUUUUCUAGUCCCACUGCUGCUCAGCAUUUAGGACACCACCGAGGUAGUCAAGCUCUUGGAAGUCUGAGGAACGAUCCUGUGGAAGAUGUCCAGUCUUUGGUCCACACUACCCCGAAGAGAACUGAUGAAAAUGUUAACCUCCCGCCUGUCUCUCCUCCCAAGAUGAGCCGCUUCAGCAGUAGCCUCUUUAAAUUCUCUGCAUGAAAGCCCCAGAAAGAAAGCAGCAACUGUUUAAGAUUGUCAGACAGGAAAGAGAGGAUGACGACAAUCGGAAAAAGAAGGCCUGGCGUUGGCUCCCGGGCCCUCUAACUGUACUGCGCAACCGGUGCAACAGCGGGGUGAAAAAUGCCCCACGUAGCAUAGGCGAUUUAGGUGAAAAAUCAACAUAGUCACAAACACCAAAGUCGAAGUGCACCGGAAGAAGCUGGGUCUGUCGAGGAAUCAGUUGUUGGCGAGUCACUGUGAAUAUUUAGAAUGGGGACCACAGCCGUUCCCAUUGUCUGCUCAGAUGUCAGCACUUCGCUCCACAGCGGCCUCUCCCGCCUCUGGUCUAGUGGCGUGAACUGCUUUGGAACAAAGCUGAGGAGGCAGUUUUGGUCUUAGUAGACACAGUAUGUUUCUUGUCCUUUAUCACCCAGGGGAUUGUUGCCUAUUAGCACAUACACUUGUUAAUAAAAUUUAUUUUCUCGUCCUAAGACAAGAUGGCUUCCACGCUAGUUUUUGUGGAUUGGGGAUAAACCCGAGUGACAGGAACAGCUCUGGAAGCGUCUCCUUCAGCCUUCCGGUAAAGUUUCAAAUGACAAAAAGGGAGGAGUAGGGUGGCAGAGCAGCUUAGUGCCUAGUUUUCAAUCUGUUUUUCCUACCUCCGCACAUGUUGGAUGAAAUUCACGUGCCUGACGCACCUCCGUGGUGUAUUCAGAUCUCAGGUUAGAGCGUGAAAAGGUGUUCCAGGGUUGUGUGCAGUGGAGCAGCAAUGCCUCCAGCCCUCUUUCACUCAGGAAAGCACGUGAGAUUGCCACCGAGUAAGUGACAUUAUUGUGGGGAUAACUUUGGUCCAUUCUCAUCUAUUUUAAAAACUCAUUCUAAAAUUUGGGUUUGAAUUCUUGCUCCCACUACCACAUAACAGUUAUUACACACUAGUUCUUUUACGCUCCUUCCAAGCUCUGUGCUUCACUUCCUUCGUGCCUGAUUUCUCGUCUACAAAGUGCUAUUUAUAAUACCUCCUGUGGUAUGGUCUCCCAAUAUCCAUUCUCCCCUUCUUCCUUUUUUUAACCACGCAUUUGGUUGCCUGGAAUAAAGAAUAUGUUUCCCAUCCUCUCUUGCAGCUAAGUGUGACCAUGUCACUAAGUUCUGACCAAGUGGGUGUAAGGGGAAAUGGCCCAUGCGACUUCCCAGAAGUGCUCUUAAAGGGCAGAGCACAUCCAUUUCUGUCCUGCCUGUCUUCCUGGUGACUAGACUGUGAACGCGAUGGUUGGAACUAAACUGCGAGAGGAAGUGAUAUAUUGGAGAUGGCAGAGCCGAAAGAUAGAAAGAACCUAGAUCAGUUAUGAUAGCAGAGCUGUUUACCGGUUUGCAUAUCUUACCUUCAGACUUUGUUUAUCUAGGGAGGGGGGACAAAUACAAUUUUAUCUGUUUUAACGAAUGUUGUUUGAGUUUUCUGUCACAGGCAAACCCAAUCCUGAUGGAUUUACUUAAUCUUUCAACAUUGCUGUAAGGAUUAAAGGAGAUAAUGAAUACAAAGUAUUUAGUAGUUUGUCUGGCAUGAAGUAAGAAGGCAAUAAUUUUUUUUCAAAAGUUAUGAAACAUUUAGGCUGUUGGAACUUGGUUCUGAGAACUUUCAAAGAUAUGGAAAGACCAGAGAAUCAGUUCUUACUUUGGUCACAUUGACUCAUUUUACUUCUUUGAAGUUAGCAGUGAUCAGCAUGGUUUUGAUUGCUUCUAAAUUUUACGAACUUUUGGAUAAAGUCUUUUGAAACUGGUUUCCUCAUAUUUAAAAAUGAGAAUAUUUAAAUGUACUUUAUAGGCCCUGCAGAAUUAAAUGAAAUAGUGCUGUGUACUUGGUAUAUAAAUGGCUGUAAAUGGCACUUAAUAAAUGGCUGUAAUUAGUCUCUA